GCAUUUCUUUCUUUUUCUUGUUCCCUUUACCUCAUUAUUUUCUUGGUUCCUUUGUUCUUUGAAAUGAUGAAGAAUUCUAGCUCUCACAUAUUCUGAAAUGAUGACAUUAUGCUUUUUUGUAAGGCUGAUGAGGAGUCCACUAUUUUGAUGAUGCAAAAGUUUGAGGAGUUUGCCCGAGUCUUUGGGUUGGAAGUGAAUAGAAUGAAAAGUCAGGUUUUCUUCAGUAGUGUUAGAGAAGGGCAGAAAGCUGCUUUAAUUCAGAAGCUAGGUAGAGUUCAACUAGUUAACUCUGUUUUAUUCCACAUUCAAGUUUUUUGGAGUGCUGCUUUAUUGAUUCCUAAGAAAGUGUUAAAGCUAAUUGAUGCUGCUUGUAGAAAUUUCAUUUGGUGUGGUAAAUGGAAUUAUAAUGCAAUGUCUCUUGUAGCAUGGGAUGAUGUAUGUGUGCCAAGGAAAGAAGGGGGACUAGGGGUGAAGCAAUUGCUGCAUUGGAAUAAGGCAGCAUUAGGCAAAUUGGUUUGGAAUAUAUGUCAACAUCAAGAGUCGCUAUGGGUUAAGUGGGCACAGGUGGUACUGUUGAGGGGUGAAAAUUUUUGGAAGGUUAAAAUCCCAGCGGAUUGUGCUUGGACAUGGAAGCAAGUUUUAAAACUUCGUCCUCAACUGAAAAAUAUCAUUUGGAUGCAAGUGGGAGAUGGAAGACAAGUUUCACUAUUCUAUGAUUGGUGGGCAGGUGAGUUAAGGUUAUGUGAGUUAAUCUCAAAGGAUGAGAUCACUAUUUAGUGCCAUGACCUUACAGUUAGUGAGUGGUGGGAUGGUUUAGAUUGGACCAUUCCAGAUAGUUUUGUGAGAAGACAUCCCAUGCUUGUUUAGAUUAUUAGAUGUCAAAAAUUAUCUCAACAAAUGGACAAGGUUAUA